UAGAAAGAGAAAGAGAUUUGCACGAACAAAAAUGGCGUCUUUCUGAGUUGUCCUUUUCGCGCAAGCUUAAUUUUAAAAUUUCUUCAAACUGAUUAGAUUUUCGCGUAUUUUAACCUGCAAGUUCGUUCGCAAGUAUUGUAGAAAGUUAGAACACAUUCAUCAAACUAAGUUUCGUUAAAAAUAUAUGUAGAAUACAUUAGAAAACUGGGACAAUGCCUUAUUUUGGGCGAGGCGUAUUUCCUGCUGAUUAUUUGUACAAAAACGCGUCUUUACGCAUUAUUCGCGCGUUCUAGUGGUAUCCGAAGGUGUAAAGUGCAAAAAUGGACAAGAAAAACAAGAAGAAAGUGGUUAUAAAGCGGAAAAGUGAUGAACCAGCGGAGUCGGAGAAGAAAGCAAAAAUCAUGGUGAACAGGCCGAAGACUGAGGGUGAUAAAGAGAAGGUGGAGGUAGUGAACCAAGUUGUGGAGGUGCCUGUGGACCAGGGACAGCAGAUAGUGCACACAGGACAACUGGUCGAAGGUAACUUUGAACAGCCAGUGUUUGUCAACAUGAAAGGGGAGCCAGUUCAAUUAGGCCCAAACACAGUAAUACUGUACGAACAAAGCGGUAACCCGUCCAACUUUGCCUUCGGAGGCAUGUGGACGAUGGACCAGUCGGGUCGGAUUGUCAUGGCUGAGACCAUAUACGACGUGAAAGGGGAGCCGGAAGAAGAGAGUGCUACUUUCGUCCAGAACACUACGGAGGUUAACACAAAUGUAAGUAUUUGGAUAGUUUUGAGAAUAUCGCGCUAUGCGUCCUCAUAG